GGCGCUGACAGUCAGCUGAGCCCUGACUGACAGCCCGGAAAGUUUCCCUGUCGCUAUACUCCUAUGCUAAUGAGCCCGGGCGGCGGGCGCCCAUUGGCCCAGCCCCGAGCCCGUGUCCCGUGUGACGUCAGGGGCGCUAUAAAACCCCGCAAUGCUUUAAACUCUCCUGCCGGAUCAAACCUUUAAAUAUUUUUCAUCUUCUUGCUGUAGCUUUGAGGCCGACUUGUUGUGUGUUUUUUUUUUUUCUCUCUCUCCUUUUUUUUUUUUUGUUUUUAACUCUUCUAAUUAUUGUUAUUAUUAUUUUGGUUGCGAUACAGACUCUGAUUUUUUUUAAAAUUUUUUUCGCCUUUGCUCUCUCUCCCUCCUCCCUCCCCCGAUGAACCUCUCUCUUCGCUCUGCACUUUGCACGAGAGAGCCCAGAGGAAAGGCACCAUGAAGUGUUAAAAAUAACAAAACAAAACAACAACAACAACAACAAAUUUACUCGCAACAACACCAGCUAACACUUCCAGCUGCGGUUCGCGAGCUGCGAAAGAGAGCGAGAGGAGAGAGAGAAGGGAGGGAGAGAGGAGGAAAAAAAAAAACCCUCUAUGCAAAAGGCGAAUAGCGAGAGCCCCGCGCUCUGAUGCAUCAGCGGAGCCUCUGCGAGGGAUAACGCGGAGCGGGAGCGGAGCCGCCGGGGCGGACCGGAGCGGAGGCAGAGCAGGAGAGCGGAGCGGAGCUCGCCAAAAAUCAAGCUGGCUCACCCGGUGGCGACUCAGAGCAGCCCCCUCGCUCCCGGAGCGCACCCUUUCUGGAGGACUCUCGGCAGCAAAAGGAUGGCAUCAGAGCUGGCGAUGAGCAGCUCCGACCUGCCCACCAGUCCCCUGGCCAUGGAAUAUGUUAAUGACUUCGAUCUGAUGAAGUUUGAAGUGAAAAAGGAGCCGGUGGAGACCGAUCGCAUUAUCAGCCAGUGCGGCCGCCUGAUCGCCGGGGGAUCGCUCUCCUCCACCCCGAUGAGCACGCCCUGCAGCUCCGUGCCCCCGUCCCCCAGCUUCUCGGCGCCCAGCCCCGGCUCCGGCUCCGACCAGAAGACCCACCUGGAAGACUACUACUGGAUGACGGGGUACCCGCAGCAGCUCAACCCGGAGGCGCUGGGCUUCAGCCCCGAGGACGCGGUGGAGGCGCUGAUCAACAGCAGCCACCACCCGCUGCCCGGCGCCUUCGAUGGCUAUGCUAGAGCGGCCCAGCAACUGGCCGCGAGCCCCGCGGCUCCGUUGCCGCGAGGAGAUGGCCUAGGCGGCCGCCUGUGGUGUUCGGCGGUGAUCGCACCUGGCGCGGCCAGGCGGCCGCCCCACUACCACCACACCACACCACCCGCACCACGGACGUGCGCCGGCGGCGGCGGCGGCGGCGGGCACCCCCACGCCGCGGCGCCGCAGCGGCGCCGCGCCUCCUCCGCCUCCUCGGCCCCGCCCGGCUCCGGCAGCGGCGGCGGCGGCGCCGGGGGUGCACCACGCCGCACCACGGCGGCGGCGGCGGCGGCAGCGGCGGGCCUCCACGUCGCACGACCGCACUUCUCCGACGAGCAGCGGGGUGACCUGGCGGUGCGGAGGAACCGGCAGCUGCGGGGCGUCAGCAAGGAAGAGGUGAUCCGGCUGAAGCAGAAGAGGAGGACCCUCAAAAACAGGGGCUAUGCCCAGUCCUGCCGCUUCAAGAGGGUCCAGCAGCGGCACGUCCUGGAGUCGGAGAAGAACCAGCUGCUGCAGCAAGUGGAGCACCUAAAGCAGGAGAUCUCCAGGCUGGUCCGGGAGAGGGACGCCUACAAGGAAAAGUACGAGAAGCUGGUCAGCAAUGGCUUCAGAGAAAACGGAUCCAGCAGCGACAACCCUUCCUCUCCAGAGUUUUUCAUGUACCCGAGAGAAUCAUCUACAACGGUGAUGUGAAAAUCCCUGUCACCUGAGGUCAAAAAAAAAAAAAAAAGUCUCCCAGAAGACCCGGAGUGGUGAUGCCUGGAUGCAGAGGAGAUUACACUGCUUAUAAAUCUGCACCAUGAGGAGGCCAAAAGUUUCUGCAGCAGCAGGAGGUAAGCCAGGACUGCUGGUGGGUGUAAGGAACAGAGAGCAAUGCCACAUGCAUCCGAGAAGAAGGCAGCAGCACCCCUGAGGAUGGAGACUUUGGAGCAGUGUCACGGUCCUGCACAGAAAACUUGAAGAGAUCUUCAGGUGGGAACACACCAUCCUGCUGACUGCUUGUGUGGUUUAGUCCAUGGACCUCUGGGGUCUGCAUGCCAGAGACUGGAAACUCUUGACUUACCCUAAAUGUCCUCUUUGUGGACUUCUGAUGUGAUAGGAAUGGCACAAAAAAAUUCAAUGUAUCUGCUUCGCCAUAACGUUUUCAGCCUGCUAACUUUCCCAGGACUACUUUCUGCUCAAAUUACUGGAACUUAAUUACACGAGGUUUAAUUUCAUUUGCUUGGCCAGCUUUAAAAACAUGUAUUCAAAUUUGAACCGCAAGGACAGAAUUUUGGGAGCCUCUUUGUCCUCUCACUUUGUGUCAGUUUAAAUGAAGAAACUGUGUCUGUGAAUCUCUGCUUUACUACACCUAUUCCAAGUCAGUCUCACUUCUGGAGAGACUUCCACAACUCUCAGCAGUUUAAGGGGGAGCACAAACAACCCCUUAUGUUAAGGUUUAUGUUUUUGAAACUGUGCAAACAAUAGAUAUUUGUCUCCUGCUUGUGCAUUUUCUUGUAAAUAAAAUGUGUUGAGACCA